CGGAGUCGGCGCGGCGGAGGAGGCCGCGGGGAGCGGCGAGGCGGCGGGGCCGGGCGCGGGGCCAAGAUGGAUCCCAACCGGAUCAUCCAGGCGCUGAAGGGCACCAUCGACCCCAAGCUGCGGGUGGCGGCGGAGAACGAGCUCAACCAGUCCUACAAGAUUAUUAAUUUUGCUCCAAGCCUACUGCAGAUUAUAGUCUCAGAACAAGUGGAAUUUCCAGUCCGCCAAGCAGCUGCCAUUUACCUGAAGAACAUGGUGACGCAGUAUUGGCCAGACCGCGAGCCUCCCCCUGGAGAGGCAGUCUUUCCGUUCAACAUUCACGAGAACGAUCGCCAGCAGAUCCGCGAUAACAUCGUGGAAGGAAUCAUUCGCUCUCCAGACUUAGUGAGGGUCCAGUUAACAAUGUGCCUCCGUGCUAUCAUUAAGCAUGACUUUCCUGGACACUGGACAGCAGUAGUUGACAAAAUAGGUUAUUACUUGCAAUCCCAGAGCAGUGGGAGCUGGCUUGGAAGCCUACUCUGUCUAUAUCAGCUGGUGAAGACAUACGAAUACAAAAAAGCCGAGGAUCGAGAACCCCUCAUAGCGGCGAUGCAGAUAUUCCUGCCUCGUAUUCAGCAGCAGAUCAUCCAACUCCUUCCCGACCCCUCUCAUUACUCUGUUCUCCUUCAGAAACAGAUUCUGAAGAUUUUCUAUGCACUUGUCCAGUACGCAUUGCCACUUCAGCUGGUGAAUAACCAAACCAUGACUCAGUGGAUGGAGAUCUUCCGCACUAUCAUAGACCGAACGGUGCCUCCCGAGACUUUACAGAUCGACGAAGAUGAUAGACCAGAACUCGUAUGGUGGAAGUGCAAGAAAUGGGCACUUCAUAUAGUAGCUCGCCUUUUUGAACGGUAUGGAAGCCCUGGAAAUGUGACAAAAGAAUAUUUUGAAUUUUCAGAGUUCUUUUUAAAAACGUACGCGGUAGGAAUUCAGCAGGUGCUCUUAAAAAUUCUAGACCAGUAUCGGCAAAAAGAAUACGUGGCUCCGCGAGUCCUUCAGCAGACGCUGAACUACAUGAACCAAGGAGUCAUUCAUUCCGUCACCUGGAAACAGAUGAAACCGCAUAUUCAAAAUAUAUCCGAGGAGGUGAUUUUCUCCGUGAUGUGCUACAAGGAUGAGGAUGAAGAGUUGUGGCAAGAGGAUCCAUAUGAGUAUAUUCGCAUGAAAUUUGAUGUGUUUGAAGACUAUGCUUCUCCCACAACCGCAGCCCAGAAUUUCUUAUAUACCGCAGCAAAGAAAAGAAAGGAGGUGUUGCCAAAAAUGAUGGCGUUCUGUUAUAAAAUCCUAACAGAACCCAACUUUGAUCCCAGGAAGGAAGAUGGAGCACUGCAUGUCAUAGGAUCCUUAGCUGACAUUUUGUUGAAGAAAAGCAUAUUCAAGGAUCAAAUGGAGUUGAUGCUACAGAAUCAUGUGUUUCCGUUGUUCUUAUCUAACCUAGGAUAUCUCAGAGCAAGGUCCUGUUGGGUUCUUCAUUCAUUCAGCACUUUGAAAUUCCACAAUGAGCUCAAUCUAAGAAAUGCGGUGGAACUGGCCAAGAAGAGCCUGAUCGAAGAUAAGGAAAUGCCCGUCAAGGUAGAAGCUGCCAUUGCUCUUCAGUCCCUGAUCAGUAACCAGGAGAAAGCCAAGGAAUACGUGAAGCCUCACGUCAGGCCCGUCAUGCAGGAGCUGUUGCAUAUUGUUAGAGAGACGGAGAAUGACGACGUCACUAAUGUCAUCCAGAAGAUGAUCUGUGUGUACAGUCAGGAGGUGGCCACCAUCGCCGUGGAUAUGACCCAGCACUUGGCUGAGAUAUUUGGAAAAGUUCUUCAGAGCGAUGAGUAUGAAGAGGUGGAGGACAAAACUGUCAUGGCUAUGGGAAUCUUACACACCAUCGACACCAUCUUGACGGUGGUCGAAGAUCACAAAGAGAUAACUCAGCAGUUGGAGAGUAUUUGUCUCCGGAUCAUUGGCCUUGUCUUGCAGAAACAUGUAAUAGAGUUUUACGAAGAGAUCCUUUCCCUGGCGUAUAGUCUGACUUGCCAGAUGAUUUCCCCGCAGAUGUGGCAGCUGCUAGGAAUAUUAUAUGAAGUCUUUCAGCAGGAUUGUUUUGAGUACUUUGCAGAUAUGAUGCCCCUCCUGCACAACUACGUGACGAUAGACACCGACACGCUACUGUCCAACCCUAAGCAUUUCGAGAUCAUCUACACCAUGUGCCGAAAGGUGUUGACGGGAGACGCAGGAGAAGAUGCGGAGUGUCAUGCGGCCAAACUCCUAGAAGUCAUCGUCCUUCAGUGCAAAGGAAGGGGAAUCGACCAGUGCAUUCCCCUGUUUGUCGAAGUGGUGCUGGAGAGGUUGACCCGAGGCGUUAAAACCAGUGAGCUGCGAACCAUGUGUCUUCAGGUGGCCAUCGCUGCUUUGUACUACGACCCUAACCUGCUCCUCCAAACUUUAGAGCACCUUCACUUUCCGCACAAUCCCGGGCCGAUCACUACGCAGUUUAUAAACCAGUGGAUGAAUGACACAGAUUGUUUUUUGGGCCAUCACGAUCGGAAGAUGUGUAUAAUAGGACUGAGCAUCCUACUGGAGUUGCAAAACCGACCUCCUGCCGUCGAAGCCGUUGUUGGACAGAUUGUCCCCUCCAUCCUCUUCCUUUUCCUGGGCCUGAAACAAAUGUGUGCCACCAGACAACUUAUAAAUCAAGAAGGUCAUGCUAAAGAUGAAAAAGCAGAUGCAGAAGAUAACGAGGAGAUCCCAAGCGAUGAAGAGGAGACCAACGAAACCGGUCAGCUGAUGCAAGAGAAUCUUGGAGGAGACGAAGAGGAAGAUGACGAAGAUGAUGACUGGGAUGAGGACGUGUUGGAGGAAACGGCCCUUGAGGGAUUCAGCACUCCUCUGGACCUAGAAAAUAGUGUGGAUGAAUACCAGUUUUUUACACAAGCCCUACUAACGGUUCAGAGUCGGGAUGCUGCUUGGUACCAUUCGUUGCUAGCUCCGCUCAGCGAGGAUCAGAAGAAAGCAUUACAGGAGAUCUGUACGGUCGCAGAAUACAGAAGGAGUGCUGCAGGGACAAAGAAUACUCAACAACAGUGGCUUCACAUCUGAGAGCAAAGGACUGUUCGCCUUUGGAACUAUACCUGGCAACUAUUGGAGAAAGAAACUGCAAGAGACUGAAUUUUAUCGUUGCAUUUUAUUUCACGACGGCUGUUGACGUGGGAGCGUCAAAGGAGAGAAAAUGAAGGAAGUUUUCCUUUGCAGUGUCCUGCUGUUCCAGCUUCCACCUGGCGUUCGACAGCACUUCCCUUUCCCUUCUCUCCCCCUCUUCUUUCCCCUCUCCCCACUACUGUAACGUGUGAAGUCUUUUUGAACGUUGGUCUGCACAGGUCAGAUCUUCGCCCCCAAAGGCUACCUGGCUCGGACGGGUUUAAAAGGUUCAAUCCAAUCCAUUUGCACUUCUCAGGUUUUUGCCAUGCCGAAUUGAUGGAUUCCUAAGGGUAACAGUGCCUUCUGUUGUACUUGGAUUGCCUGAAACAAAUGAACUUUCGGAGUGCAUUGUAACUUUUUCUAAACGUGCGUAAGGACAUCUUUCUAGAUAUACUGUACACCUGGGUUCCGUGUUUUCUCCGGUGAAUCUGCAUUUGAUGACGUGAAUUUGUCUGGCAUUUCCACCCAGAUCACUCUGGCCGCCACAGCGUUUCCACGCCCCCGCCCGGAGCCGACCUCUUUUGAUAACGGGCGGCUGCUUCUGAGAUAGUGAACUGAACACUGGGACCGUUGAGGAUUCUUCUCUGGUGUGUUGAGAACCUUCCGCUCUUUCCUUUACCCCCCUCCUUCCCUGCACCCGCAGGGAGUCCGGGCGUCUCGGUCAAGGGGACGGUCCGAGAUGACCAACCUACUUUUCGUGAGCUUAGGAAAGAGAGGUCGGGCUCAGGACUCUUCUGGCAGCACAGAACGCUGGCCCGGCAGGAGCUUUCGAGAGGGUCAGGUAGAGACCCGUGCGGGUGCGCUGAAGCCCGUGGUUUGGACGAACUAACUGACGGGAAGCAGUUCGAAGGCCCCGGCGAGAAGCCCUCAGCCAACCACGGGUAGUAGCGCUCCGAUUCGCACGGCCCGCCUUUCUGGAUUGGAGGUCCGUCCUCUCGUUAUUCCGGCUGUAUCGAAGAAAGCACUGAGGUCCACAUAUUUUGGAGCAAUCCUUUUCCCUAGGAAAAAGGCAGAAGCAACCCCCACCCUCUCCUUUUGGAGAACUGAAUCUCUCUCUGUAGCCAACUCUCCCGGCCUCGCUUUGUUGUGACGUCGUUCCCGCGGUUAGAUCGUUGCUCAUUUGCACCCGUGUCUUCUCGUGUCUCGACUAUCCGAAGCUCCCCUCCUUCGCAGCGGUGGGGCUUACGCAAUCAGACCCGUUUUCUCUAUUUGGGGGAGACCAGAACGUACUGUAAUAGGGACUCUUCCUUUUCAGUGAUGAAAAUGGAAAUUCUCACACUAGACCACUAUUUUAUGGGAGGGCGGUUAACAAAUCGAUCCGAACUCUAGAUCCGAACGCACUUGACGUGGAAUACCUCUCUUCACGUAGAACCCACGCGACCGAAUCGCUUUCCUGUCCGUUCUCAGAGUAAAUUUCCUCUCUCGGCCUUUCCGAGGCUACCGCUCCCUGACUCUGUGGCAUUUUGAUGGGGCGAUUCUGUUCUCUGUUAGGCGGCGGGAGGCGGUGGAAGGGUGAGGGUCGGUACACGGAAGGGUUGAAAGCGGGAGCAUCUUUUCUUCCUCUGUCCCCCCCCGGGGCGGAAUCGAGCGCUUCUUCUGGCAAUAAACGCGAGGUGUUUCGUCCCUUUUAGAAGGGAAUUCCGUCGGUCAGAAUUUUAGGACUCGUCGUACUUUGCCUCUCUUUACAUAUGGUUCUCUUUAAAUGUGAUGAAUAACAUGCCUUCCCACAUGAUGGUAAGAAGGCAGAGGGAUGUUCUUCCCGUUUUAUAGUCUGCUCGUUCUGUGUUUAAAGGGAGAGGACGCAAAUGUGCGUUUAUUUGUCUUGUUUUUGAAGCCAGGGUAGUUGUGAAACUUAGGUACCAGCAGUGCUAAACUGAAUUUGAUCUGAUUACCCUUGGAAAUGCAGAAUCUUUUGAAUGUAUUGUAAAAUAAAAUCAAGACUGAUAACCAGAA